AGUUUGCCUCCUCCUCAAUCAAGUCACGCUGUGCCAGCCUGGUUUGAAUGACUUCAAGCUGAAUCUAAAAUGUCCUUAAAGAGGCUCAUUCAGCAGAACCGCAAUGCCAACUCUGUGGGCUACUAUGGGGAACCCAUCAGUGGCCCACCACUGGACAACAAAAGCAGCAAGAUAUUCACAAAUCCAAUGGGGACUUUGUCUAGAGACUUCAAGCAGCUUCCUCUGAGUAGAAGGUGUUCCUUGGGUGACUCCUCUGGACCACAAAGAAAGUCACUUAAAAUCUUCAGAGAUGAUAAUGAAUCGUUUGGAUUUGAAAUUCAGAUGAUGCCUUUUCCGCGCCAGACUAAUAAUUUCUUAGAAACCUGUGCUUACAUUUGCAAAGUAAAAGAAGGAAGCCGUGCCUCUCUUUCUGGACUCCAAAAUGGCUACAUUUUGAUGACUAUCAAUGGAGUGAGUACGGCAGGUCUCAACCGCAAGCAAAUAGUGGACUUAAUCAAAUCAGCAGGGAAUCUUUUAAGGUUAGAUGUCGUGAAUGAAGCCUUGAUUGUAAAACAAAUAGAAUUGGAAACUAAGCUGCAAUUUUUAAAGCCUUCUGUGUCAGAAAAAAUGGUGGAGUUCCAGUCUCUAUGCUUAGAACAUCGUCUUGCAAAUGGGCAAGUGUGUUCAUCACUAGAUUCAUUAGACUCUAAUUUUUUUAUGGAUUAUGUUGGGUCCGAGCCAACUUUGUCAAACAAACCUCGCUUUUCCAGUGAAAGCAGUUGUUUAAGUCGCCUGAGUUCCAUGACAGUGGACAGUGAGGACAGCUUCUAUCAAGCCUGUGUUUUUGAGGAUGCUCCCAAUGAGACUUACAGCCGGCAGUCAAGUGCAGAGGAUGACUGCUUCUUGCCAAGGGACACUGAUGCCACUCCUAGGAAGAUAUCACUGAGAAGGUGCAGAAGCAUCAGUGUAGCUAGCAGUGGGCCUGGCUCACCCUUGCCUCAGGAUGGAGGAAGCACCGCUAAUGUUUUUGGGACACUCCCACGGAAAAAUAGAAAAGGAAGUGUUCGAAAGAGGCUGUUGAAUUUCAUCCCCGGGCUUUACCGAGCUGUGGAAGAAGAAGAAAGUAGAAUCUGAUGGCUUAAGCCACUUUAGAACUGUAGAUACCAAUUGAAAAUUUGGAAAGUCACCAAUGAGUGACUGUAUGUCAGACUUUUAUUCAGUGAAGGUGUUUCAGAAACUGAAAUCUCUGUCUUGCCGUACCUCCUAAGUCGAUGUGAAGUGUUAGGAAAGGUUCUGAACCUGAUUAGAAAGUUACACAAGAAACUUUGAUUAAAGGGAACACUCUCCUUUGUGGCUCUCCAUAGCCAGAAAGCAGGACGGAUGGACUUUUUUCUAACAUACAGCUUACGUAGACACAAGAGUUUCAUAACUACUAUUCUAACUGUGCAUUUACUAAUUGACAUCAUGUGCGUCUCAGCUUGCUUAGCUCAGCAUGAAGUCUUUGGUGGCUGGACAUCUGGCUCCAAAACACACUGCAGAAAUAAUCGCGUUUGAAACUGCUUUAACUGUCCUAGCCAGGGCUAGGGAAUUCUGGGGACUCGUUUUGUGAGACAUUCAGCUUUCCCUGACAGAAAGCUCUGGUGUCACAAUAAACUACAAUUCCCAGGAUUCCAUAGCACUGAACUAGGGCAAUUAAAGCAGUCACGAAUUGGAUUAUUUCUGCAUUGUGUCUUGGAUCCUAGUUUCAACCUCCUGAGUUUAUGAACAGUCCCCCUCCCCACGAUUUAAUGACUUCAGCCAUUAGUGUAUUAUGGAAGCAUGGGAACUACAAAAUGGUUCCUUAAUACAAAAUGGCACAGCUUAGGCUAAGUGACAAAUAUAGACUUACAAAGUCACCAGAGGCCAAAGAAACAGUUCGGACUGAGGCCCGGUACAUAUAGGUGGGAAGCGGUGUGCUGGAACCAAUCCUAGGGUUCAGGAGCGUGCAGCAACCGCAUGCUCCCAAACCCUAGUCCAUACGGAGGCUGCCAUCAUGGCGACCUCCCAUCGAUAUGCUGCCACCGUACAGCAACCAGACAUUAUGGCGGUGCCCCUUCCUGUUUGUGGCGCCACAAAAAAAAGCCGCACUAGGCAGCUUCUUUUUGGCAGCAUGUCUAGGCAGCAUGUAGCCACUGCAACACCAACUUGGGGCAAAGACAUGUGGCGCAGAGCUGCCCAUCUGUUGAGCCCCUGAGAUACUUUUAUUUUUCCUGAAACAAUAACAACAACAGUGCUGUAGUAUACAUCGUUUUUUUAACAACUGUAUUUUGGAGACAAGUGAUGGGGAUGAUUACAUUAAAUUAGUAGUGGGUUUGGCAUGAUUAAUAUGCAGCAAUGGCCAGGAAUGCAUAUUUUACACCAGUAUUGUUUCCCCCAGGUCUUUUACUAUUAACAAGAAAAUUAGACAUAUUUAUUUUGCUGGAUAAACAAAACUCAGUUCACUCAAAUGAUGUUACCACCACAUUUCCUUCAUGCUAUUAUCAAGGGCUCUUAAUUGUACAUCGUUGGUUUUAUAUUCCUUCUUCAUCAUGUAGAAUAACCAGAGCUUCACAAAGCAAACCAAAGUAGCCAUCUUGGAUAUCAAAAACAGGGUGGUGUGUGUUUGUAUGUCUGUAUAUUUUAUCUGGUCUUCCCUUCUGGGCCUUGAGAUAUUUUCCUCUGUCAGAAAUAGAGCUGUGUAUGGGAUUUGGUUGGACCAGAGUACUGAUAAUAACUGGCUAGGUGCAGUUACUGCCAAUGCUGAAGAAAGAUUCAACUGCCCAUUUGUUCUCUAUAUGGAACUGGGGGUGUUGGAAUGUUACCUUGCUCUUCCCCUCAUGUGGCAAAUUGCUUUGAGCUAGACAUGUGGAAGAUUACUUGUGAACAAGAGGUGUAUGUAUAUUCUUAUGAAUGCAUGGAUUUUAAAGAAGGAAAAAGGAAACCCACAAAGCAAACCUACUGUAAGCAUGGAAAGUGAUGCAAUCUCACAAAGGGAGUUCACAUAUUAAUUCUUCCAUGUAAGUGUGAAGAAACACAAGCCUGAAAAUGUGCCAAGGAAAUAUGAGCAGCAUUACUGAGCCCAGUGCAUAGUUACAGCCUUUAGCUGUAGUUAUAGCCUUUACCAUUUAGUGACAGUGCAUGUUCUGUAAUGUUCACAGAAAAAUGCAACUGCCCAAGCACUAUAAGAUAAAGUGCUCUACCAUCAAGAUUGGUUUCUUCUUUUGUUUUCUCUUUGAAAACAAGAUUGACAUGGUAUUUUACAUAUGUGCUUAAGUACCACACUCUAAACAAAAUCACAUAUUUGAUUUGCAAAUCAAGGGUGGUCACCAAAUUACAAAUACUGGGGAACACUUUGGAUUGCUUUUUUCUUUUUUUUACAGAAUCAAAUAUGGGAUGCAUCUCCACUGUACAAUGCUAGCAGUGUGAUCCUAUUUAUAAAUAUAUGUGUGUUUAUUUAUGGAUUUAAAAUAUUGCCAAAAUGGGUUCUCAUCAAUAGUUCUCAGCAUUUUGUCUUCCAGAUAUUGUUGGAUUUCAGUUUCCUGAAUUGCUGUAUGCUUUGGAGCAUCUAGGAGUGUAUAUCAAAAACAUAUGGAGGAUGAAAGCUUGAGAACCAGAAUAUGUUUAACUUUCGUUCACUAGUUCCAUACACGAAGUCAUGGCUGCUCUAGGAAUUGAGAUGGUCACUACUUGACUCUCCUUGUUCCACUGUGCAAAUCAUUCCCAGCCAAGGCAGUUAUCAUGAUGGAGUGUUUGUGUGUGAAGGGGCACUUUUUUGCUCUUGUCUCUUUUCAGCACACUUACUUAGGAGUAAGAAGUGGGGUGAGGAGGAUUAUGUGGCCUUAGCUCCAUAGAUUCCCCUGAACCCUGAAUUUUUUAAAAAAAUCAUCCCAAAAGCUGAAUCUGGUCCAAAAAUUGCAUAGUAUGGCCAUAGUUUUGUUCCUAAACACAACCGCCUGCCCGCCCGCCCGCCCGCCAGAU